CGGCGCGGGGCUCGGAAUUCGGGCUCGGGCUCCGGCUCCAUGCGGCGCGGAGCGGCGGGCGCGCGGGCCGGGAGGGUGCGCCGGCGGCCUGCGGCUUCCCGAGCUGGCUCCGAGCUCCAGGUGAAAGAACUUGUCCUGGACAAUUGUCGGUCGAAUGAAGGCAAAAUUGAAGGCCUCACAGACAAAUUUGAAGAACUGGAAUUCCUAAGUACAAUCAACGUAGGCCUCACCUCAGUCGCCAACUUACCAAAGUUAAACAAACUUAAGAAGCUCGAACUAAGCGAUAACAGAAUCUCAGGGGGCCUGGAAGUAUUGGCAGAAAGGUGUCCGAACCUUACGCAUCUAAAUUUAAGUGGCAACAAAAUCAAAGACCUCAGCACAAUAGAGCCACUGAAGAACUUAGAGAACCUCAAGAGCUUAGACCUUUUCAAUUGUGAGGUAACCAACCUGAACGACUACCGAGAAAACGUGUUCAAGCUCCUCCCACAGCUCACAUAUCUUGAUGGCUAUGACCAGGACGACAAGGAGGCCUCCGACUCCGAUGCUGAGGGCUAUGUGGAGGGUCUGGAUGAUGACGAGGAGGAUGAGGAUGAGGAGGAGUAUGAUGAAGAUGCUCAGAUAGUGGAAGAUGAGGAAGACGAAUAUGAAGAGGAGGAAGGGGAAGAGGAGGAUGUGAGUGGAGAGGAGGAGGAGGAUGAAGAAGGUUAUAACGACGGGGAAGUCGACGAUGAGGAAGAUGAGGAAGAACUUGGCGAAGAAGAAAGGGGUCAGAAGCGAAAACGACAACCUGAAGAUGAGGGAGAAGACGAUGACUAAGUGGAAUAACCUAUUUUGAAAAAUUCCUAUUGUGAUUUGACUGUUUUUACCCGUAUCCCCUCCCCUCCUCCAAAUCCUGUCCCCUGAAACUUAUUUUUUUCUGAUUGUAACGUUGCUGUGGGAAUGAGAGGGGAAAAGUGUACUGGGGGUU